AUGGCCUCAAGCAGCACGUUAAAUCCCCAAGCGGCUGAGUUCAUACCGGCAGCGCUGCAGACGGGCAAUCCCCAAGCAGAAGCUGCAAACGCUCCGCGGAAGAGCAGAAAAGCCAGACGCAAGAAGCGCAGGACGGAGCCAACCCAUCAAGCCCCCGAAGGCCAGCAAACCACCACCCCCCACCUCGCUCCAACAUACACCCUAGCACCCCAUGACACUCUCGUCCAGAUAGCGAAGCGCCACUUCACCGCCGUACUCGCACUAAAAUUCUACGAAGAGGCUGGAACGAGGACGCGCCGCUCCAUCGCCCACGGCAUGGCUGCCGACUUCGCAGGCCGUGCCGCAUACCUGCCGCCGCAUGUUGCCGCUCUGUCCAUCAACCAGGCGAUGCUACGCGCGAGCGCGGAGCUUGUGGGGAGCUCGGGACGGGAGCUGCAACUGGAGAUUGAGGAGUACUGUGCUUCGGGUGAGCUGCUGGUUGAUUUGUACCCGCUGCGAGUUGCCAGGUAA